AUGGCAAGCGCUAACACGUCAGAAAAAGGAACACCCCCAUCUUCAACGAAAAAUGGCCAGCAAGCUGACAAGGGCACGGCUACCACAUUCUCGGACUCGGAGCUGCUGCGCAAGGUGCAGUUUCCGGUGUCACAGGGCUCGCGCGAGGCGGCGGCCGUCAAGACUGCGCCCCCUGGAAGCGGCCUCGCUGAGGAACUGCGCACCACCAUACGCUGGAAUGACAUAUCCUGCACAGUGCCCAUCGUCAGGGGCAUUUUCGAGAAGACAGUGGACUCGAUGAGCAAGCCUGUGCGGAGGAGGACGGCUGUGCGCUGCAUGAGCGGCUGCGCAGGGCCAGGCGACCUGGUUGCUAUCCUGGGUCCACCCAACAGCGGGAAGUCCACGCUGCUCAACGUACUGUCCGGAUAUUGGUUUGAACGCGCUGCCUGCUCCUUGCUUUACAGCAGAGAGGGCUACUGCGGCGAAGUGCUCAUCAACGGCGCCCGCAUGGGCGUAGACGAGCUGAGCGAGCGCAGCUGCCACGUCCCGCAGAGGGACUUGCACCUCGACUGCUUCUCGGUGAAGGAGACGCUGUGGAUUGCUGCCGAGCUGAAGUUUCCCACGUCUGCAGAGCGCAAGGACAAGUUCCGAGCAGUCGUGAACGCCAUGGAACGUUGGGGCCUGAUGGACGUGCGUCGCAUCCCAGUGUCUAUGGUUAGCAAGACGCACCGGCGCCUGCUCACCUGCGCCGAGCAGCUCAUUCGGCCGCAGCCGCUCAUAUUCGUCGACGAUCCCACGAGCGCACUUGACGCCUGCAUUCUCGUACGCAGAAACGUGGACGCGACACAGGCGCACAUCUGCCUACGGACGCUCAAGUAUCUGGCUUACAAGGGCCACACGGUCAUAGUUGUCAUAUCCAACCCCACAUCAGUCAUGCUCAAGUACAUGACCAAGGUGUACGUAUUGGCCGAAGGCAGGCUCAUCUACAGCGGCUUGCCGGCUGACCUGCGGAAUCAGCUGGGUGCACACGGCUUCCUGUGCCCGUCGGAUGUAUCCAUCACUGAAUACCUGCUUCAGGUGGCCGCCAAGAUGUACGGUGGACUCCGCGCACUUGCCGAGACGGAGACGAUGAAGGCAAAGGAGAUGAAGCAGGCUGGGCCUUCUUCAGCUAAUGGUGCCCCAGAAAGUGACCAGCUGCAGAGUGUGACGGUAGAACGAAGGCGUUCCAAGGCGGGUGAGACCGCCGAUGCCAACGACGAAGGCGGCAAGGCGCCCGACAGGCGGCGCAACAGCCUCGGCAACAUUUUCGAGAGUCGCGCAACCGUUGACAACAAGGACCUCUUCUCUCUCCUUUUCAACAGGUUUAUCUUCUACACUUUCCGCAGUUCGGUCUACAUGUCGUACAGGCAGUUCAUCAAUAUCUCGUUCAUCGUCAUCUUCGCCAACGUGUUCAACUCGGUGGGCGUGGAGCACAACUUCACCGACAUGAACGUCGCUUUCGUCUUCCUCUACAUGUCCGGCAUGUCUGCAUUCUCACUCAUGAGCGCCACACUAAAAACGCCUUUGCUCAUCCAGCAUGCGGUCCACGAGCAGCGUUACUCUCUCUACGGGAAGAAGAUCUACUUCCUGGCUCGGGUCAUGUGUGACUUCAUGUACGAGCUCAUGUUCUCGGUGUCAUCAGGAAUCUUCGACUACUACCUGACACACCAGCCGAAAGAAGAGAGUCGCAUCUUCUUCUUCCUGUGCUUCGGUCUCCAGGUGGCCGUGCUGGGAGAGGCCAUAGGCACACUCAUCGGAACCAUCUUUGAGUACGAGAUGGGCUGCAUGGUGGCCCUCACAGUGUUCGUCUACUCGGUCAUAUUCGGCGGCUACUUCUUCACCAGCAAGCAGCUUGCCAGCCACGUGAUGUGGCUGCCGUUCACGUCGUACCUUCGCUACGCCUUCAGCGGCACCAUGACCGCCCUCUACGGCUGGAAGCGAGGCAACCUCACCUGUCCAACAGAGGCCAACAACACCUGCCCAUACGCCGCGGCAACAGACGUGCUCGCUGCGUACUCUGUUAACGAAAACGAGUUCUACAUCGACCUGGUGACGUUGUUCGUCGCCAUACUAGCCGUCUGGAUCGUUGCCUGCCAGUUGCUCGUGUUCAGAAUCAAGUGGCGCCUGUGA